AUGGAUCAGACGUGCAGGAGGUGCAGCUCCGCAUGGAUCACGAUGUGGUCGUCGUGGGGGCCUGGAUCAUCAAGUCCGCAGGUGGCGUCGGGGGCAGUGCAAUGCCAGCUGCUGGACAUAGUUCACCCUGGGUUGGUGCUGAUGCACAAGGUGAAUUUCGAUGCCAAGACGGACUAUGACAUGAUCCAGAACUACAGGAUUCUCCUGGAUGUGUUCAACAAGUUGCAGAUAUUCAAGGUACGGGUGGUGAUUCUCCUGGAUUAG